UCAAUUCCUCUAUUUUUUUAAUAGCAUUUAUUUUUGUCGUUUUCCAGUUCAUUAUUGAAGAAAUUAAUUCCGUGAAUUGGGAUUUGAUAUCACCGGAAAGUAAUUCAUUUUCCUCUGGAGAAUUUUCUUUAUAUUCGAGUAUCUCAUGAGCUGGAAUGAUGGUUACUUGGUCUCGAUUUUGAUCUGAAUAUUUAGCUCGAAGGGUUUACACAAUUAAAUUUGCUGAAUUUUGACGGUUAAUGGAUUUGGAAAGAAAAUUAUAGGUGCUUGCACCCCUGGAAGUUAAUAAAGCAAUUGCUACCAUAGCUGCCUCUGAAAGAAAGAGUAUUAGUGAUGUGAAAAAAAGGUUCAUAGCAGUGGGUAUUGCGUGGUGAAAAAUAAUGAGUUAUCUUUCUGAAAAGGAAUUGAAGUUAGAUAAUCAAUAAAUUUGCCUCCUUUGGAGGUGCAACAGGAAGUAUCUCCUUCCCCUUUACUGAGGAAAGAGCGUGUCUUGAAGACAUGGAGAAGGAUCAAGAAGGAAGUAAAUAAGGGUGCUGAUAAUUGUGUUGAUACUGGCAGGAUAACGACACUGGUUUUUGGUAUUCAGUGUCGAAUUCCUGUAAAGGAUGCAAUUUUUUACUGAGAGGAAGCAAAAUAAUGAGGGGUCUGUGUCACCUGUAAGUGGGGGUUUUAGUGAUUCUGGGUCAAUGAUUGGUCCAACCUUUACUGAUUUUGAAUGGAUUCUCAAAAUUGCAAUAAUCAAAUUAGCAAGUCAUCCACAGCAUCCAGCACACCAUGGAUAAGGUACGAGCUUCCUGUUGUUGCAUGAGUUCUGCUCAAUAAGAGCCAGACAGGUGAAUCGAAGUGGAAGAAAGGAAAUGGUCAGUUUGAGACUGUUAAGAUGGCUAGGAAAGCAGGUCAAAAUCGAGAAGAAAAACUCUCAUUCCAGCCUGGAAUCUGACUCUCGAACCUCCAAUUUUGCAAUUAUGCAGGCAAAUGACUCUGCAAGUAACAGAGUUCAAAGUGGAGAGUCGUUGAAUUAUGAUGGAGAAAACUAUGAUGAACUUCAUGCCGGUGUUGAUCCUCUAGUUGAACAUAUUUAUACACUCCAAUCAGCACAAGAAGCACUAGGAAAAGAGGUACUGAAGUUUCGGGAAGUUGGAAUUUUAUUAGAUGUUUCAGUUGAUGGUGCAGUUCAGGACUCACCUUCGGAGCUCAUUUCCAUCGAUCUGAAACUCCAGGAUACUAGCUCCUCCAAGCAAAUACAAUCUGACAAGAAUAUGCAUAGUUCUUUCUAUUCCUUGCACUCUGAGGCUAUAGAAGCAGUGAACAGAAAAUACAUGGGAACAGAACUUGAGGACCUCUUUAGGCUGAAAAUUGAAGCUGAAGUUGAAUAUUUGGCAAUAUCAAGAACUACCCAAAAGUAUAGAGGUGCUGUGAAGGAUAAAAUAUCUCUGGCUUCAGAGCAAUUCCUGAAGCUGAACAGGCUUGAGAAUACAAAAAACAAGGCCUCAAUGCUUGAAAAAGAAGCCGAGAAGUUGGUGAAUUCUUGUGAAGAUAUUGCAAGUGCUGAAAAGACAUUGAAACUGCAGAUGAGGCUAUGCAAGUACGCCUCAUAUUUCUUAAUACAGUUAGUAAUAUUGUUACUCAUCCUGGGAUUCUUUAUUUUCGAUAUUUCUCCAAAUUAUGAUGGGGUUGUUCCCACUUAGUUCUAAGAAGAGUUUCUGGGUCGUUCUUUUCUCUUUCAUUAGUUUAUAAUGUUCUAAAUCUAGUGUGAGUAUUUACUAGUUCUUUCCAGAGGUAGAUUACAGAUCAAACAUGAGCGUUGGCUGUUUUUAUUAGUUAAUUUACAUGGUAGCUGGUUGUGCAGUACUGGUUUGCUAAACUCAAUUUUGAAUUCUAUAAUUAUUUUUUGUGGGUC